CGGAAGUGUCCCGCGGCGCCCCGGAUGCGACCGGGCAACAGCGGUUGCCAGGGCGACGGGAGCUUUCCGGAGCUGCUGGUACUCCCGAUUGGAGACGUAGAACCGUUACUUGUCGAGGGCCUUAGCGGCCGCCGUGACCCUCUCGGGGAUCCCACGAUGUUCUUCUACCUGAGCAAGAAAAUUUCCAUUCCCAAUAACGUGAAGCUGCAGUGUGUAUCCUGGAACAAGGAACAAGGGUUCAUAGCAUGCGGUGGUGAAGAUGGAUUACUGAAAGUUUUGAAAUUAGAGACGCAGACAGAUGAUGCAAAAUUGAGGGGCCUUGCAGCCCCCAGUAACCUUUCUAUGAAUCAGACUCUUGAAGGUCAUAGUGGUUCUGUUCAAGUUGUAACAUGGAAUGAGCAGUAUCAGAAGUUGACUACCAGUGAUGAAAACGGGCUUAUCAUUGUGUGGAUGUUAUAUAAAGGCUCUUGGAUUGAGGAGAUGAUCAACAAUCGAAAUAAAUCAGUUGUUCGCAGUAUGAGCUGGAAUGCUGACGGACAGAAGAUCUGCAUUGUAUAUGAAGAUGGGGCUGUGAUAGUUGGUUCAGUGGAUGGCAAUCGUAUUUGGGGAAAAGACCUGAAGGGUAUACAGCUAUCCCAUGUAACAUGGUCUGCAGACAGUAGAGUCUUACUUUUUGGAAUGGCAAAUGGGGAAAUACACAUUUAUGAUAAUCAAGGAAAUUUUAUGAUAAAAAUGAAACUGAGUUGUUUGGUGAAUGUCACUGGAGCUAUCAGCAUUGCUGGAAUUCAUUGGUACCAUGGCACAGAAGGCUACGUGGAGCCUGAUUGCCCUUGCCUUGCUGUUUGCUUUGAUAAUGGAAGAUGCCAAAUAAUGAGACAUGAGAAUGACCAAAAUCCCGUUUUGAUUGACACUGGCAUGUACGUAGUAGGCAUCCAGUGGAACCACAUGGGCAGCGUGUUAGCUGUGGCGGGCUUCCAGAAGGCAGCCAUGCAGGACAAAGAUGUGAACAUUGUGCAGUUUUACACUCCGUUUGGUGAGCAUCUGGGUACUUUGAAAGUUCCUGGAAAGGAAAUAUCUGCACUAUCUUGGGAAGGAGGUGGACUGAAAAUUGCACUAGCUGUUGAUUCCUUUAUAUAUUUUGCAAACAUUCGACCUAAUUAUAAGUGGGGUUAUUGCUCAAAUACUGUAGUUUAUGCAUAUACCAGACCUGAUCGUCCAGAGUAUUGUGUUGUCUUCUGGGAUACGAAAAACAAUGAAAAAUAUGUUAAAUAUGUGAAGGGUCUCAUUUCUAUUACUACCUGUGGAGAUUUCUGCAUUUUGGCUACAAAAGCUGAUGAAAAUCAUCCUCAGGAGGAGAACGAGAUGGAGACAUUUGGUGCAACGUUUGUACUAGUUCUUUGUAAUUCUAUUGGUACACCCUUGGAUCCCAAAUACAUUGAUAUUGUACCAUUGUUUGUUGCAAUGACCAAAACCCAUGUGAUAGCAGCCUCGAAAGAAGCAUUUUAUACCUGGCAAUAUCGUGUGGCAAAGAAGCUCACAGCUUUGGAAAUUAAUCAGAUCACACGGUCUCGAAAAGAAGGGAGAGAAAGAAUUUAUCAUGUUGAUGAUACCCCUUCUGGAUCAAUGGAUGGUGCGCUUGAUUAUAGUAAAACCAUUCAAAGUCUUGCACUGUUGCCCAGGCUGGAGUGCAGUGGUGUGAUCUCGGCUCACUGCAGCCUCCGCCUCCUGGGUUCAAGUGAUUCUCGUGCCUCAGCCUCCCAGGGCACAAGGGAUCCAAUUUGUGCCAUAACUGCAUCAGAUAAGAUAUUGAUUGUGGGUCGUGAAUCUGGCACCAUUCAGAGAUACAGUCUACCUAAUGUUGGUUUGAUUCAAAAAUAUUCCUUUAAUUGUCGAGCCUACCAGUUAUCCUUGAAUUGCAACUCUAGCCGUCUUGCUAUCAUAGACAUCUCAGGAGUUCUGACUUUCUUUGACUUGGAUGCUCGAGUAACGGACAGUACGGGACAGCAAAUAGUUGGAGAGUUGUUAAAAUUGGAACGAAGAGAUGUCUGGGAUAUGAAGUGGGCCAAAGAUAAUCCUGAUUUGUUUGCAAUGAUGGAGAAGACAAGAAUGUAUGUUUUCAGAAACUUGGAUCCUGAGGAACCCAUUCAGACCUCUGGAUAUAUUUGUAAUUUUGAGGAUUUAGAAAUUAAAUCUGUUCUUUUGGAUGAUAUAUUAAAGGAUCCAGAACAUCCAAACAAGGAUUACCUAAUUAACUUUGAGAUUCGGUCUCUGCGAGAUAGCCGAGCACUGAUUGAGAAGGUUGGAAUUAAAGAUGCAUCUCAGUUCAUAGAGGACAAUCCACACCCCCGACUUUGGCGCCUACUGGCUGAGGCAGCUCUUCAGAAACUGGAUCUAUACACUGCAGAGCAAGCAUUUGUGCGCUGCAAAGAUUACCAAGGCAUUAAGUUUGUGAAGCGCUUGGGCAAACUACUGAGUGAGUCAAUGAAACAGGCUGAAGUUGUUGGCUACUUCGGCAGGUUUGAAGAGGCUGAAAGAACGUAUCUCGAGAUGGACAGAAGGGAUCUUGCUAUUGGCCUCCGGCUGAAAUUGGGGGAUUGGUUUAGAGUACUCCAGCUCCUGAAAACUGGAUCUGGUGAUGCAGAUGACAGUCUCCUGGAACAAGCCAACAAUGCCAUUGGAGACUACUUUGCUGAUCGACAAAAGUGGUUGAAUGCUGUACAAUAUUAUGUACAAGGACGGAACCAGGAACGCUUAGCUGAAUGUUACUAUAUGUUAGAGGAUUAUGAGGGGUUAGAGAACCUUGCCAUUUCACUUCCAGAAAACCACAAGUUACUUCCAGAAAUAGCACAAAUGUUUGUCAGAGUUGGAAUGUGUGAACAAGCAGUGACUGCAUUUUUGAAAUGUAGUCAACCAAAGGCAGCGGUAGAUACCUGCAUACAUCUCAACCAAUGGAACAAAGCUGUUGAAUUGGCUAAAAAUCAUAGUAUGAAAGAAAUUGGAUCUCUGUUAGCUAGGUAUGCAUCUCAUUUACUGGAAAAGAAUAAAACUCUUGAUGCCAUAGAACUCUAUCGGAAAGCCAAUUACUUUUUUGAUGCUGCUAAACUGAUGUUUAAGAUUGCAGAUGAAGAGGCAAAGAAAGGAAGUAAACCUUUACGUGUCAAGAAGCUCUAUGUACUGUCAGCCUUACUUAUAGAGCAAUACCAUGAACAGAUGAAGAAUGCCCAGCGAGGAAAAGUUAAAGGAAAAAGUUCAGAGGCCACUUCUGCCUUGGCUGGUUUGCUGGAAGAAGAAGUUCUGUCUACAACAGAUCGUUUCACAGAUAAUGCAUGGAGAGGGGCAGAGGCUUACCACUUCUUUAUACUUGCACAGAGGCAGCUCUAUGAGGGAUGUGUGGACACUGCACUGAAGACAGCUCUUCACCUGAAAGACUAUGAAGACAUCAUCCCUCCUGUGGAGAUCUACUCUCUGCUAGCACUCUGCGCAUGCGCCAGCAGAGCCUUUGGAACUUGUUCAAAAGCUUUCAUUAAACUUAAAUCUUUAGAGACCCUCAGUUCAGAACAGAAACAGCAGUAUGAAGACCUUGCUUUAGAAAUCUUCACCAAACAUACUUCAAAAGAUAACAGAAAACCUGAAUUGGACAGCCUUAUGGAAGGUGGAGAAGGGAAACUGCCAACAUGCGUUGCCACAGGAAGCCCAAUCACUGAGUAUCAAUUCUGGAUGUGCAGUGUAUGCAAGCACGGUGUCCUUGCUCAGGAAAUAAGCCACUACAGCUUCUGCCCCUUAUGCCAUAGUCCAGUGGGAUAAAGGAAUGAUAAACUGUAUAUAACUGUAAAAUAUAUGUAGCAUAUAUACAUGGCUAUAUGCUGUAUAUGUAAUAAGGUUUAUUUCUGUGAGUUUUGUAUGAAAAUCAGCCUCAUUAUUUAUAGUUGAAUUUUUGCACAAAAUAUAUGUUAAUAAAAUAAUUUUUAUGGCAAUACAACUGUGAAAUAAUAAGGCCGAUUUUCAUAUAAAUGUAUGAAAAUCAACCAUAUUUUCUCUCACCCUCUCUCUUUUGUUUAUCUUGUUUUUGGUUACAUGAUACCAUGGAAAUAUUCCAAAUAAAUUUUUUUCUCACAGUGUCAA